AUGAGGAAAGAGGAAGGUGCAGAGACGAACGACGAAGUAGAUGAGGGAGGUGCGAAGGGAAACAAAAAAGAGCAGGUAGAAACAAUGGUAGAAACAACGGUAAAACAAAUCGUCACUUGGCCCCGUGCUGCCGUUCAGGAAAAAGAGUUUCCCUGGGGUCAAACUCCCACGACGGCCUACCGUGCCAGACAGGAAACAGUGAGGUCUGUACGAGGAAAGCGAGACGUUGGGCCAAAUGCUGCGCACCGCAGAAUACGACAGAAAAUCAGGAGACUAAGGGGAGAGACGUGA